CUGACUGACUGUCUGUCUGACGGUGAAGAAGAAGAACGGUGCGCUAGCCGGUGCCAUCGGGCGCUCUCGAACGUCCGCCGCUGCUGCCGCUGCUGUUGGGCUGCGGUUGGCGCGGCCCUCACUCGCUUUCGUCUUCUUGGCCUUUUCUUGAUUUCUUGAUCGAUCGAUUGAUUAAUUUAUUGGCAGACUGACUGACUGACUAAGUACUGACGAACGAGGAGCAACCAGCGGGUCGCUUCGCUUCGAUCGAUCGAAGGUAUUCCUACCGAGCGCUUCGCUCGAUGAUCAGAUGAUGGGGAGUCGAAAUUUUCCUGCCCGACGUUUAUGGGGACUUUGCUGCGAACGCAAGGACCUCGGUACGACGACGGGUUGCUCGAGCUGCAUACGAAAGCAGCCGUUGGCAGAUAGUCUUCGGGGCGAAGUAAUUUUUUUACCGUUUCAUGAACCUGCGCGUGCUUUCAGCUCAACGAUUUGGGUUCUGUCUUUUGACCCUUCAGUGUCUUUGACACAGGACAGCAUUCGCAUCUAGCAGCCUUACGGUCGAUUUUAGACAGGGUGGAAUAUUUUAAGGCAUUACGUUUUGUGGAUUCCACCCAGUUCUGUGCGUUUCACAUAUCUUAUGUACAAUAAUCACCUUGGUUUAGAAUCCCGUUGCAUUUAGCUAUUAGACUCUUAGAUUACCUACUUCUCAAGCCCCACCUGGAGCUCUGUAGAUACUGAUUAGCUCCAUAUUAUUGUCAACAAGUCAGAAUGAGUUCGUUGUCUUUAUUAUUUAUACUUUCCCCGACGAUCACCGGUUACAGCAGAUACUCUGUUGUGGUUCCAACUCGAGCUGAAAUAGGCAGCUCUAGACCGGCCGUUGGUCUGAGACUCACCGGUGGAGGGAAAGAUAAAGGGAAUUCAAAACUACGUAAACUUGUAGUUGCUCAGGCAGGAAUCGGUAGAUAUUCUGGUGCCGUUCAUGGAAGCAACACUCGUAGGGCACGCAGGAGAAGACCGACAUUGCGGCCCGAUGAUUUCGACGGAAACUCCAGCGCCGAUGAGAACGAAAGGGAGGCGCGCGGUUUGGAUGAUAAGUUGGACGGUAACUUCGAUCCUGGCAUGGAUGGUGUGGUACACGAUGAUGGUGAGCCCACACCAGAUUUGACCGACUCUCAUCAGCGGUAUUUAAGCGAGCUUCGAAUGAAUCAGAACGAUGUAGAGAGGGGAUAUCAAACACAUGCGUGUAAGAGGGUUGAAGGUGGCAGCACCUGGGUUUCUAUUGGAACCGAAGGAGACCUGGGUUAUCAGCGAGUUGACCCCGUCGAUGUGAGUACGGAAGUCCAAGAUGACAGGGUAGUGGUUAGUGGGCUCUUAGUGGGAAAUGGACGAGGUGCCCAGGAAAGUGAUAGUGAUGGACCUGGAAAUGGAGACAGGCAAAAAGAUGAGAGUAACAGAAGCUCUCGAGGAAAGAAAGCUAAGAAGGGUAAAGUUGAAAAUGGCAUCAGCGAGUCUUCUGCUAUGUUGGAAGAGGUGGAACCUGUUGCGGCAACCGUUGUUACGAAUCCUGAAUUAUUCCCGGAGCUUUUGAAGGUGGAACAGAAGCUGACUCCAGCUUUUAGUCCAGGAAGUGACCAAGCUAAUCCUUCAGUUCAGCUCACGGAGAAUGUACUUGCGGAUGAGAAAGACACCUCUGUGUCGUCGAACUCGGAUGUGAGUGAAAAGAGCAAAAAGCAACCAAGGAAGUCAAAGAAAAAGUCGGGCCUGAGUUUUUUCCAGGCUGCUGAAUUGCCUACGGAUAAAGGACAAGUAACAGUCGUUGACGAUGAAGGCGAACAGCCUUCUAUCGCUCUUAGGAUAUCGCUGAAUGAGACCAAUUGUAGUGAGAAGGAGGAUAAUGUCCAUUUACAGGACAACGCCGCUGGAAUUAUCUCUACUGGAACCGCAAUUGAAACUGAGGCCGUUGUGAAAGCAGAUACAGCAUGUGAAGGAAGAGAGCGAAAUGACAUCUCCAAAGAUGUGCUUGGGACUGAUAGUGGAAUUGAGGAGUGUAUGACCAGUCCAAGUGCAAGUCUUGAACUGCCUGUCGAACGAUCUCCAAGAAGCGGCUCCAUGUCCAUGAAGGAAGUUUUCUCUGAGGAGUCCUUUAUUACUGUUAAACUCGGGGAAACUGAAAGCGUGAGGGAACAUUUCGGAAACGAAGCUGAGCUUCUAGCAAACAGAGCUGAAGGAGUAGGCGAGAACGAUAUCCACGCCGAGAAAAAAAUUACUGACGGCAAUGUCCAGAUAGGAGCUGCAGUACUUUCGCUUGCAAAUGAAGGAGAGAAUUUUCUAUCGACGGAAGCAGUAUCAUUGCCCAGUGCUGUUGUGGAGCAAGCCGUGCAUGUCGUCAGCAAAGUGGGGGAGCUGCCUGCUCAGGUUGCAAGCCAAGUGGUUCGCUUGCCUGCACAAGUUGCAAGCAAAGUUGUAGAACUGCCUGCAGCAGUUGUGGGACAAGCUACCCAGGUUGGCUCUGUUGUGGUAGAGCAAGUGGUGGAGAUCUUGCCUGAUGCUGUUACUGAGCAAGUAGGUCAAGUUGUGAGUCAGGUGAAUGCAACGGCUGAACAAGUUGCACAAGUCGCGGAAUCAGUCACAGAAUCCGUCACGAGCACGGCAAAUCAAGUGGUGGAGCAAGUCUCAGCGCAGGUUGCAGAUAUAUUCUCUAAUGACGAAGAUGACGAGAGUGAUAGCGACGACGAGUUUGAGUCCUACAAAACCUCAGAUGAUCCUGCUUUCAGAGGCACCAGAGGUCUUGCAAACUUUGUUAUUCUACAAGAGGAUCAAGGAGUCUUAUCAAAAAUAUAUGACUUCUACACCUACAUGUUGAAACAGCCCCUACCAAAAUUUGCCGGGGCUAUGUUUUCUGCCCCCAUCAUCGUCAGUCUUUUGUUCACCCUAUUAUACCUUCCGGAGUUCCAGGGAUUAGCCUUCGAUGAAACUGCACGUGACUUCUUUGCAGCAGCUGGGGGUGACGCUGUAACACUUCAGAUGUCUUGGAGGACUGUAUUCCAAGUGUUUAUGUUCAGCCUUUCACUUUCUACAGGCCUUCAGCCUGAGUUGGCUCCUCUGUCACCGUACACGCUCGUCGUUGCCAAUAUCAAUGCGCUGGUGGCUCAACUUGUUUUUGUGUUUCUCAGUGGUGCAGUGUUUGCAAGGUUGUCACAGCCUGCUCAGCCAGUGAGGUGCUCCGCAGUCGCUCUAGUGUCAACCUCUCCUGCACAGCGGAAGCGUAAAGAAAAUGCCAUCAAAGUUUUGAUGACUAGGUAUGUACUCGCUGGUCCCCAGCCAUGUGAGUUGGUUGACGUUAAGGUAGAUCUGACCUACAAGUACAACACCAUAACCAGGACGGGUUCAUACUUCAGAGCAACGCAGUCUUUAAAGCUGGUGCGGCCGGAGAUAGCGUUUUUGACCCAUGGAAUGCUUGUGAGGCAUGUUAUCGACAAUACAAGUCCUUUGUACCAGCGCACUGCAGAGAUGUUAAGAAAGGAGGACGCAGUUUUCGUUCUGAGUGUGGUGGGCUUGGAGCGGUCUUCCAUGCAGUCUGUAUUUCACGUACAACACUACUGCGUGUGUGACGAUCAUGUAAUUUGGGAUGCUGAGUUUGAGGACUUAUUUCUCAUCAACAGCAAGAAAAGUAAGCGAAUUGUUGACCACUCGAGGCUAAGUAUGUGGAGGUCGAUAAAGGCUUGACAUUUGUAUACUGUAGUUUGAACGUUCUCCAGAACUCUUAGAAGGGGAUCGACCAUAAAAUUACGUAGACGUAUUACACCAUGGUUUCUUUUUGCAGCGAAGCCCAAUGCUUUUAAUACCACAGUUACGUAGUUGUAGAUUACCGUUCAGUACAUUUAAGGCAGACUUAAAAGUAAGCAACUUGUAAAUGACUCUUAGGAUAAAAAUUUUGCUUGUACCGUAGAAAUUCUGAUCGUAACACUCGAUAAGCCUCUGGCGCAUAUGAAUGCGUCUGAAAUAUUUAUGUCAGCUUCAAAGCUGACCAUUUGAUUAUAAACUGCCACUAUGUUGGCGCUAAGGAAAGAAACGUUACCAAUAAUC